UCGAGGUGUUCGCAACUCUCGGGAAAAAACUGGAAAAGCUAAAACAUACGAGAGCUUUGAGUUUUCGCGCUGAACACGAGCGUUUACGUAUUUUGCAGUCGUAUAGAGUCGAGCAUUCGCGUAUUCGCAUAUCCGUGUUUGUUGUUUGCCAGCGCGUGUGUGCCACUGUGUGUGUGAGUGAGUGUGUCAGUGUGGUGGUGCGACAGCCCCACGCGCAACGAAAGCGAAAGUUUUGUUUGGCGCGCGUGUUGCCAUUGGCGUCUGCGAAUUUGCACACACACGUCCCGUUCCGCCAUUCCCCCACCUAGAAUAGAUUAAAGGCGUGUGAAAACAAAUUAAAAAAAAAAUCAAAAUAAAAUAAGAAAAGUAAAAAAGAUAAUGUUCAUUAUUCCCGAUGAGGGUGCAUUAAAUUAAGGGAAUCUAGAGCGGAAGAAACAAGACGACGACAACGCAGGAACAUCAUUCCCGCAAAGACCGGUGUGAAUAGACGCUGCCAGAAAGAAAAGAAAAAAAGACUCACCGAAAGAUGGCGCCCACCAUAUGUUCAGAGAAGAAGCAGCUGCGCGAAACGCGGCGACAUCAUGGCGUGGCCACAGCAGCCAUUUCAUCCUCAUCCUCCUCAGCCGCAGCCACCGCAUCCUCGUCCUCGUCCUCAUCCACGGGAUCCACAUCUGCAGCUGCCGCCACACAAACCAGCUCGGUGCUCAACUAUGUGGCCAAAGGUUCAAUGAACUCGUCGAGUCGCCGUCGCCCGGUGAGAUUGCAGCGCAGGAUGCCGCACAUCCUGGCCCGCGUGGCCUCCUUCUCCACGGACACGAGCAGCGGCGUGGAGACGGAGGUGGAGAUGGACUCCGAUCAGAUCGGUUCGGAUCAUCAGAUCCAGAUGCUGCAGCAGCAACAACAGCCACAUUCCAGCAGCAGCAGCGACAACAACAUCAAGACAGUAUUACAGCCGACGAUGGCCAGUGGCUAUAGUAGCAAACACAACCGAUCGGCUGGGCAGGCCAAGAACUGUGAUCAGGAUGCGGUGCCAAUGCAGGUGGUGGUGGACGACGAUGACGACGGCGACAGUGGGUACGAGUACAGUCAGGAUCCGAUAAAGGAGCAGCAUCUGUACCACCAAAACAGCGAGGGCCUGCUUUCGAUUGCCAUCAAGACCAUCAAGCUGGUGCAACGCAACAAGCUGCUGCAGAAGCGGUUGGCCCAACUGCAGCUGGAGACCUCGGAGUUCAUUGCCUCGGUGCUGUCCAAUCCGGAGAACCGCCAAUUCCGGGAGAAAAUCUCGCCCAAGGCCGAGGCCAAGGUCAGCAACAUGCUGCUGCGCCACUGAAAUGGCGCUAUUCUUUUUGAUCUGGAAAAAUCGAAACAUUUGAGCCCCAUUUUCUGGACGUGGUAGAGAAGGUUUAGUUU